AUGGCUGGGGAGCAGGCGCGUCGAAAGAAGAUCGCACCACAGAGUACACGCCAGACGAGGCGCACUUGCCUCAGAAGGUCGAAAUUCCACCUGGCUGCGCCACUUCUCUCGGGGAAAACGGGCAUUCUCGCAAAGACAAAGAAGAAGUUGAAUCCCAUCAAAUCACUAUUCGACUCAAAGUUUGAUGCCAUUUCCGGAGGCCUGUUUCAAUCAUCUCCAUUCAAAUACGACGUGGGGUCAAAAGGUUCAGGAGUCCUGUCAGACGCGCUGUCUGCACUUGAGGACAUUUCCUUGGAUCCGUUUGCCGUGGGUGGCCAAGUGGUGAGCUCAGGAUUGGCUGUGAAGCUGGGAUUGCUGAACAGAAUUUUCAACCAUAAAAAGUCAGGUGUAGAGAGAGUGAACGAAGCUGUUGAUUCUUUCAUCAGCACAAAGGAAAAGAACACGAGAACCGCCAUUGAGGCGGGCGUCGCUCUCGUUGAUGCUGAUCCAACGAGUGCAGCUAUCAAGAAUCUCAUCUUCAAGGCUUUGAUAUUCCACCUAUACGCUGACGCAAGUCUCCACGCCAAGCUGUCGGCGACGAGUGGCGCCAUCAGUCGUCUUCUUGGGUGGAACAAAUGGCUGAAUCCACUGGGAUUGGACAAAUUUAUCAUUAACCCCGGCGUCGGCGUUCUCCGAGGGGUCGCCGAGACGAUCAGGGACGCCAUCUCGGCGCCCGCAAGACUGUUUGGCGUUCAGAACCUGAGAGGCGCGCCGCCCACGUCGACCCUCAUCAACAGCCCCUUCGCGGACACGGGCGACAUCUUGAACACCCUCCAGAGCUUCACGCGCAGCCUCGACGUCCCCGUGCUCAGCGACGUGGUCGGCAGCCUCGCUCCCAGGACCGGAACCGAUUUCUUCAACGGAGUCGUGGACGCCCUGCGCGGCAUUGGGGUCACCACGACGGACGCCGUUCGAUCCCAGCUGUCUCAAUUCCGGGACUUGGCCUUUCGGUCCCUCAACCCCCUGGGGCUAAACACCCCCUUCAGGGACACUAGCCCCCUUAGGGACAUCGUAGGGGGGUAUGAUGACGUCUUGGAAGUGCUGCGUGGCGUCACCAACGUAUUUCGCUCCAGCGGGAAUGGCGCCCUGGACACUCUCACGGCGGGGGGGGGCCUGCCUUCGCUGAACCUGGACCGAGUGGGACAGGCCUUCUCUCAGGCGGUGAGCGCCCUGGACGAGGGGACGGAGUUGGGCAAGCUGGCGGGGAGCCUGGGCGACUUGGACCUGCCCGACAUCGACGGGCUCCAGGAGGCGGGGGAGAGACUGAAGGCGGCGAGGGACAUCGUGGAUCGCAUCCGGGCGACGGUGGACGCUCAGAGUGUCGACGAACCGAACGAUUCGUGA